AUGGCGUCAGAAGCGCCCCUCAACUAUGAAGCUUCAUCUGGAGCAACAAACCUCCAAAUCACCAGCACUCUCCCAGAUGAAGUCGCGCAAUGUCUCCAAAACGCAAGAUUUCUUCAUCUCGCAACCUGUACAGAUCUCUACCCUCACGUCUCGCUCAUGAACUACACCUAUCUCCCUACCUCACCCCACAGCACCUCCCCAACCAUAAUAAUGACGACCAACCCCUCCUCCAAAAAAACCAACAACCUAAUCACAAACCCACACGUCUCAAUCCUCGUCCACGACUGGGUAUCCCACCGCCCGCCAACCAAUCGCCGCGGCUCCACCGCCGAAAGAACCGGCUCUCCCCCACCAGAAGCCUCGCGCUCCUCUCUCGCAGCACUUCUCUUGAACCUCAACACCAGCGCGAUAAGCAGUAUCAGCGCGACGAUCAACGGGGAAGCGCGGCUAGUGGAGAGAGGCACGGAGGAGGAACGGUAUUAUAAGGAGCAGCAUUUGGAGAAUAAUACGUUUGAUGGCGGGGAGGAGAAUGGGGGUGGGUGGGAUCGCAGAGAGGAUUGUGAUGGGGGGAGGGAGAGUUUUAUUGAGGGUGAGGAUGUGAGGGUUGUGGUGGUGAAGAUUACGAAUGGGAGGGUGUCGGAUUGGAAGGGGGCGGUUAGGGAUUGGAGUUUGGAGGGUCAGGAGGCGGAGGGGGAGAGGCUGGUUAAUGGAGUUUCGUAG